UUUCGAGCGAUCUGGUAACCUCGGUCACAACCUCACUGCAUUUUGGGCUCCAACGUUCUAACAAUGAACUAACGAAAAUAUCAAUCAAAAUUCUAAGCAACUGGCUUCAAAAACUAAUAAGCAAACACCCAUUAUAGUGACAAAGAGGAUUGGGUAAGUCCUGGCUGUGGAGCCUUGCAUUUACUGGAUUUUGUUAUUGAGCAAUUCCCAAACAAAAUGGGCAAUAUACCAAUCAGCCGGGUGCAUAUGGAGGCCCCCAAGAGCGUACCUGUGGAUCACGCCAAAUACAUGAGCGCUGCUGGUGGUUCCCCGCCACCGGAAUGCCCCAUGCACCAGAAACAAGGAGAUGCGAAAUCCGCCUCUGCCGUACCCCCACAUCCCAAGAUGCAGGCCGCAUCUGAGUGUCCAGUGCAGCACGACAACAGCGAUGUAAAUCCGCUGAACAUGAUGCCACCGGCCAACCAACAGCCUGCGGCUGAUCAACCCUUCCCACUGCCCACAGAUCGUCAGACGUCGACCAUUCCCAAGGUCACAGAGGAUGGCAGUGUCCAAUUCUGGCAGUAUCCCAGUCAACAAAUGUUCUGGAAUGCCAUGCUACGUAAGGGUUGGCGCUGGAAGACCGAGGACGUCUCGCAAAAGGAUAUGGGCGACAUUAUACGCAUUCACAAUGCCAACAACGAACAGGCCUGGCAGGAGGUGCUCAAAUGGGAGGCGUUGCAUGCCAAAGAGUGCGGAAAUCCUCGUCUCAAAAGCUUUGGCGGAAAGGCCAAGGACUUCAGUCCACGAGCUCGCUUCCGUAGCUGGCUUGGAUACGAACUGCCUUUUGAUAGACACGACUGGAUCGUCGAUCGCUGUGGCAAGGAUGUGCGUUAUGUCAUUGACUACUAUGACGGCGGUCUAGUGGACAAGGACUACCGCUUCGCAUUACUAGACGUCCGUCCUGCUAUGGACUCCGUGGAUAACGUUUGGGACAGAAUGCGAGUUGCCUAUAUGCGUUGGAAGUACGAGCUUUCCGAGAAGUUCGGCGGACGAGAUAGCGGCAAAGUGACAGCUGGUAGUGACUAGGAGAAAUAGAUAGAUGAUCGGUAUCUGUACAAAAUCGGCUUAAGUUAUUGGAUGCGACUGGAGUUGUAGUUUCAAAUGUUAGGGAACGAGGAGCGGUUGCCAGAAGGCGUAGGUAAUCGCACUAGUUCUCAAAUAAACUUUUAUUUUGACUUCUAAA